UUAGUACAUUUUCUUAAACCUUUGGUAUAUAGGGAAUAGUUCGACAAUAGUCACCCUGGUUACCUACACUCGACACUAAACACUUCAAAAAUGCUGUUAAAUUCAAAAACCCGGCCAAAAUUCAAAUUUCUGACCAGCUGGAUUCUAGCCACCUUUCGCCAUGCCAGCAAAAAGGUCGAUAAGAAUCUCCUGAAGCAAAUGGAAGACGACUUCCAGAAGCUGGCCGACUCCAAGUCCAAAUCCCUGCUGAGGAGACAUCUCACCAAGGAGAUCUUCGAUAAGCUGAAGACGCAGACUACGCCAUCCUACAACUCCACUUUGAUGCACUGCAUCAGUUCGGGACUGUGCAACCACGAUUCUGGAGUCGGCUUGUAUGCUCCAGACCCGGAGGCCUACAAGGUGUUCGCCGAUCUCUUUGAUCCCGUCAUCGAGGAUUACCACAAGUGCUUCCGGAAGACGGACAAACAACCGGAGACUGCUUUUGGCAAGGGAAAGGACUUUGAAAACCUCGAUCCCGAUGGAAACUUCAUUGUAUCCACGCGGGUGCGCUGUGGUAGAGCCCUCAAAGGAUUUCCCUUCAAUCCCUGCCUAACGGAAGAGGAUUACAAUAAACUGCAGAGCGAGAUCUGUGCGGCACUGAAGAAUCUUAAAGGGGAAUACAAAGGUUGCUACGAGUCACUUUCCACAAUGGAUAAGUGCAGCCAGCAGAAGCUCAUCGAUGACCACCUUCUGUUCAAGGAGGGGGAUCGUUUCUUGGAAGCCGCCGGAGCUUCUCGUUUUUGGCCCAUUGGUCGAGGCAUCUACCUCAAUGAUGCCAAGAAUUUCGUGGUUUGGGUCAACGAGGAGGAUCACAUUCGCAUCAUCUCGAUGGAGAAGGGCGGCGAUCUGGGCAAGGUCUACGAUCGCAUGGUUGGCGGCGUUGAGGCCCUCGGCAAGCAACUCCAGUUCAACAGGGAUGAACGGCUGGGAUUCCUUACCUUCUGUCCCACCAAUUUGGGCACCUCCAUUCGCGCCUCGGUUCACAUUAAGCUGCCUAAGCUCAUGAACGAUCCGGAGGAGCUUAAAGAGCUGUCUGAGCGGUACCGUCUGCAGAUCAGAGGAACCUCCGGAGAGCAUUCGGAGGCCAAGGAUGGAGUGCACGAUAUAUCCAAUCAGCGAAGGUUGGGACUCACCGAGUACGAAAUCAUCAAGGAAAUGCACACCGGGAUCAAGGGUCUCAUAGAAGCCGAGAAAAAGGCAAAGUCAUGUUAAUUAAACUCUUUUGGAGCGAUAAUUAAGUUUUAAGCUGAGACAAAAUUUGUUGGUUAACAAUAAGAAACUAAACCUUUUAAAUCAUUUCGAAAAACUAAA